CCCCCGGGAGUGCGCGCGGCCAGGCCGGAGAAAGGGACACGCAGCACUGGAGCGGGGGGUGCCCGGCUUUGCCAGGACACGUCACUCCUCCCUGUCGUGCUCCCCUUGCACAGCAGGGCCCCGCCUCGGGGUGUCUCAGGAGCUCGCGCCUCAGUUUCCCCCACUCCCCCCCCCGGCCGUAACAAGCCUUCGUCUCCCCCAGGAGCCCGGGGUGCGCUGAUGCUAUGGCGGCCUCCGACCAGCUCCGCUUCCACGAAUUUGAUGAGGCCGCCGACCUGCUGGCUGCAACCCCCGAUGCAACAACCACCAGUGUCAGUGAGCGGCAGAGCCAUGUGGCCCUGGAUGUGGGCUCCAGCUAUGACGAGAACGAGGAGGGCGAUGAGAGCGAUAAGACAGAGCUGCUGAGCGGCCAGAAGCAGCCACCAAGUUUCUGGACCUUCGAGUACUACCAGGCCUUCUUUGAUGUCGACACCUACCAGGUGCUGGACAGGAUCAAGGGAUCGCUGCUUCCACUACCAGGGAAGAACUUUGUGCGGCAUUAUCUACGGAACAACCCUGACCUGUAUGGGCCCUUCUGGAUCUGCACUACGCUGGUGUUCACACUGGCCAUCAGUGGCAACCUGUCCAACUUCCUGGAGAAGCAUGGCAACACCUCCUUCCGCUACAGCCCCCAGUUCCACAAAGUGACCAUUGCAGGCGUUGCCAUCUAUUGCUAUGCGGGGCUGGUGCCGCUGGCCCUGUGGGGCUACCUGCAGUGGCGCAAGGGUGUCUGCCUCAAUGUGGCCUCCUACACCCUCCUGGAGACUGUGUGCGUCUAUGGCUACUCCCUCUCAGUGUACAUCCCUGCCUCGGUGCUGUGGCUCAUUCCAGUCUCCUGGCUGCAGUGGCUGCUGAUCGCCACCGCUAUGACACUCUCCGGGUCUGUGCUAGUUCUCACCUUCUGGCCACUCAUCCGCUUAGACAGCCGGGCUGCCACAUUGGCUGUACUGACCAUUGUCCUCGCCCUCCACGCGCUACUGGCUGUAGGCUGCAAGCUCUACUUCUUCCAGAAGCCAGUAUAUGCUGUCCCUCUCCACUCUGCCUACACUAAGGCUCCAGGGGGGGCACAGCUACUUACAGCCUCUCACCCCCGCCUCAACAGCUCCAUGACUACCCCCCUCCGUUUCUGAAGGAUGGCAGCCAGGGUUUCAAGCAGCAGCUGAGGCACCUGUUAUGGGAACAUGGGACAGACUCUGAGGAGCAGGACCCUGGGGCACGGUGGUCUCUAUGCCAGGGCAUGACAGGUGCAGCCCCCUGGAGACCCUGUACCAGCUUGGAUUCACCCUUGUACUGCUGUUUCAGACUUUGGAGGACCAGCCUCUUCUCUUUGCCUCUAGGGCUGUGUGAAGCCAUCAGCCAGCUCCCCAAACCAGUUCAGAUGGAUGCUCCAUCACACCCGCUGUAGCUCCUUCGACACUGACCAGCCCUGUUGGUAACACAUGGCAGCUGCCUGCUCUCAAUCUCUCCUCCAGGCUAAAGCUCCACUCUGCUUGAGCCCAGCCCGUUCCCAGAAGUCCUGGUUAUUCUCAGCAGCAAGGGUGACUACCCUUGGUCGCAGCAUCCUUGUGGCACUGGGGGGGGCUGAAGUGGACUGUGCCUGCCAUAGGGCAUCCGUGGGAAGCAGGCAGCAGGUCUCAGGUUUCUCAGUGAACAAUUUUUAUAUGCACAAGUUGCUGGAAUAAACAGCAAGACUGCUCCCA